AUGUAUUUGGCACGAUCAGGGGUGUUUAUAAGCCGGAUUCGUGUUUUAUCGAUAUUGAAUCCUCGUUUUGUAUUACUUAGCCGAAGGCUUAACCAUACCGAUUCAAAGCAUUAUUUCACAGAUCCAAAGACUAAUGAAAUUAAAAAACCUCCUACGUUCUUCCAGCACCAUGACUCCAAAGUUAAUGCAUCGGCAGACGAUGUUGCACAAGCUAUAGCAGAGUCGGUACGUGCUCAUAAGAAAAGACGUCAAAAAGUAUUUUUCUCAGCAAUGCUAACGGGGAUCAUCGGUGUCACUUUAGGGUUUUCCAUCAGUUAUAAAGUUUUGUACAAGAAACAAGAGAGUUUCAUACCUUUAGUACCCAGUAGGAAAUGGCAUAGGCUAUCAGCGUAUGAUGCGCAACGUGUGAACAUCGAUGAAAUGAAAAUGCUAGGUAAGAUGAGGUGUUUAUCUGUCCUUACGAAUCAUGAAAUGAUCAGGGAACAAUUUGGAAUACCGUUGAAAACUGAUACUGGGGAAGUACCCUCCGUUAAAUCGUUUGAAGUUUGGUGUGAAGACCAGGAUCCUGGUGUACUAGGAAUUGUAGUAAGACCCAUUGACGCGACUCGAGAUAACGACUCGAGGUAUCAUAGGACUCAUGGUUGGCAUACUAUCCCUGGAUUAUUUCAGUGGAGAAUGGGUACGAAACCCAUAAAGAUACGGGAUAAAUUUGAUUCCUUCUUGAAGUUUAUUGGGGUCAAUACAGGUGAUCUCUUAGAGGUGAUCAAUCCAGAUAGAGAGGUUGGAGAUUUUAAAUACGAAUACCCGUUAAGAAAGGGAGAUAGCUUUGAUGGUGAUGAUGAUCGGGCAAUGCAUAUUUGGUUUUUCGGAGAAAUUGAUUUAUCUCAGGACGCAAUGGUAGUCUUCAAGGGGAAGUACCAUGUUAACGUUAAGUUGGAGCAAGUGGAUCUUCUUAAAAAGGAAAAUGACCAGUUAAUCAGGUACGUCUUGUAUAAGAAUGAGAACGAUAAAAAAAAUGGUUAG